AUGACCGAAGCUCAAUGUCUCAUCCAGCUUCAUCACAACACAACGCCUGAUGGUAACCAAACGUCAUCAUUUCGAGAACCAUCUUGCUCGGAGCCAUGCUACUCAUCAUAUUAUGGGCAACGAAAGAGUGGGUUUCACUCACUUCGGAAAUCCAUACGAAGGAUUACAAAUUUUUCGAACGAUGAGGAAAAUUCGACUGCUUUGUUUUUGAUGAUCAUUGGGUUCUUUUUCCCUUUCAUUUGGGUCGUUAACUUUGCAUUGUUUCGAAAAUCAUCCUUCGUGAAAGCAGCCAUCUAUGCCAAAGUAAGCCUUGGCCUAUUCCUUUUCUCCAUCUUGUUAUUGGUGGUUCUGUUAAUCUUGUCCAUCGUUAUUCCCAUUGAGACUAUCCGAGCAGCAAUGACCAGCAGCAUGAAAAGCAAGUGA